UGGUCACAACACCUCGUCAGUACUGGUUGCAGGGGCUAAAGUUUAAAUGCCCAGGGGUGCCUGAUGUAAGCAUAUGGACGUCCGCACAGCUUGGACUGGGAUAUUGGGGCAUCUACCCUGAGUGACAGCUACUGGGAUCACCCUAUAAUGCCUGAGGUGCGGGACCUUUCUGAUGCUUUGACUGACUUGUCCAUGGAUCCCAUCACAGGAGUCGGAGUAGUAGCAUCGCGGAAUCGUGCGCCCACUGGCUAUGAUGUGGUGUCUCAGACUACAGAUGGUUUGGAUGCAGACCUUUGGAAAGAUGGUUUAUUCAAAUCCAAGGUGACGAGAUACCUUUGUUUCACCAGAACCUUUUCCCGGGAGAAUAGUCACUUGGGGAAUGUGCUGGUUGACAUGAAAUUGAUUGACAUAAAAGACACUUUACCUGUGGGCUUCAUUCCCAUUCACGAAACUGUGGACACACAAGAAAUUGCUUUUCGGAAAAAGCGGCUGUGCAUUAAGUUUAUUCCCCGGGAUUCCACGGAAGCCGCAAUAUGUGAUAUCCGCAUCCUGAGCCGUUCUAAACAAGCACCCCCACAGUAUACAUUCAUAGGUGAGCUGAAUAAUAUGGGCAUCUGGUACAGAAUGGGAAGGGUCCCUCGAGCCCCAGAAUCGCCAGAGCUGUCUUCUCCCUCCUCCCCUUCUGCUGUCGUCACCUCUGCAUCAGCCCCAAAUCUUCCAAGACACAUCUCUUUAACGCUUCCCGCAACAUUUCGGGGUAGAAAUAACACAAGACCGGACUUUGAGAAUCAGCAGUCCAACUUAUAUGCAAUAUCAGCCAUGGACGGAGUGCCCUUCAUGAUCUCUGAGAAGUUUGCUUGUGCGUCAGAGGCGAUGCAGCAGGUUGAUCUUUUGGGAAUAACAAUAAAGUCUCUGGCAGAAAUUGAGAAGGAGUACGACUACAGCUUCAGAACAGAACAGAGUGCUGCCGCUCGGCUGCCCCCGAGUCCUGCCCGCUGUCAGCAGAUGCCCCCGCCAUGAGAGAAGAGAGGGCAUGUAUUCGAAGUGGCACGCACAAAUACUACUGAGCAGACCCCAUUGCUGCUGGUCCUAACCAUUAACCCCCUUCCCAGCCAUCGUGGCCAGAAAGGAAGAGUUGGAUUUUUUUUUGUUUGUUCUUUUUUUAAGUUGUUUUUUUCUAAUAGCAUCUGUUUUUGUAUUGGUAUUUUGUAAAUAUAAAUAUUAAAGACAAAAAAUAUACUACUAAUAAUAAUAAUAAUAUUAUUGAGAUGUUACCAGUUCGGAGCCAUUUCGGGCUCUACAGUGUUAACCUGUGUUACAUCUGCACGCUUCUUGAUGCCUAUCGACGGCAGAAUAACAGUGGGCAUGAUAGGAGUGUGGAGUGUGUUUGAAACCACUGAACAUUAUUGAUUCCGUCCUUAACUGCAAAAUAAGGCUUUGAAAAAAAUGUAUUUUAAAUUUUAAACCUGUUAGAUGGGUCAGUGUUUUUCCCUAGAUUUGCAGAUUGCAUGAUAUUGUUGUUGUGUCAUAGGUAAUGAACACAAAACAGUUUGAUGUGUCUAGCAACCGUGAUUAUGUUUUAAAUGCUUUUGCUCUAUACAUACCAAGUGCUUUUGUGCUAUUGUUCUCUGGAAAGCCACUCUUUGUUCCAAAACUGGAACAAACUAUAAUUUCAGAUCCAUUUUGUAAAUGCUUAUAUUCCACCUUAUGUUACCACUGUUAUUAAUGCAAACUAGCCAUGCGCUCCACUAUUUACUAUGUUUAAGGAUAAUUAAAUUAUGAAUUCUAUAUCAUAAAAGAA